CGAGCAAUCAUGUCGCUGAUUCCCCGCGGCAAAGCCUUCGACCCCUUCUCCCUUGACCUCACGGACCCCUUCGAUGGCUUCCCCUUCGGCUCCGGCGGCAGCAGCAGCUUCUUCCCCUCGUUCCCGCGCGCAUCCUCCGAGACCGCGGCCUUCGCCGGCGCGCGGAUCGACUGGAAGGAGACUCCCGAGGCGCACGUGUUCAAGGCGGACGUGCCGGGGCUGAAGAAGGAGGAAGUGAAGGUGGAGGUGGAGGACGGCAACGUGCUCCAGAUCAGCGGCGAGCGCAACAAAGAGCAGGAGGAGAAGACGGGCACGUGGCACAGGGUGGAGCGCAGCAGCGGCAAGUUCCUGCGCAGGUUCCGCCUCCCGGACAACGCCAAGGCGGACCAGAUCAAGGCGGCCAUGGAGAACGGCCUGCUCACAGUCACCGUGCCCAAGAAGGAGGUCAAGAAGCCCGAGGUCAAGUCCAUCCAGAUUUCUGGCUAGGCUGCUUCGGGAUCAAGGUUCAAUUCGCCGCUCUGGGGUUCGACUCGCUCUUUUGUGACUUUUGCUCAAAGGCCUGUAAUAAGUGUGGAAGGAGAAGAAGAAGAAGAAGAAGAAGAAGAAGAAGAAGGAGAAGAAGGAGAAGAAGAAGGAGAAGAAGAAGAAGAACGUGUUGAGUGUGAGUAUGCCCUUGUCAGUACUGUGUUCGGCCCUCGCCGGGGCCAAAGGUCUUGCGGCGAUCACGCAAUUCGAGCCACCCUAGCCGUGCACCUGCUCUGUAUCCGGGCUCAUCGUAGAUUCAUGCUCGCCCUCUAGUGUAUGAGUUUAUAUCUACUAUCCUGUAACUCUUGUUCUUCUAUCUA